AACUCCUGUCACAUUUGACAGGUACGAAGGAAAAUUGGUAAAAUUGGUUGUCCAACAAGUGUUAUUUGAGCUGAAGAAAAAGUUUGAGUUGGUUAUUCCAGAGAAUUUGGUCGGAAUUGAUAGUCAAGUGAAAAAGGUUAUGGAAUUUGUAGAUAAUAUUUCUCGUGCCUCCCUAUUUAUUGGCAUCCACGGAAUGGGAGGCAUUGGUAAGACUACUCUUGCUAAAAUCAUCUACAACAAGCUCUCCAAUCAAUUUGAGCAUCGUAGCUUCAUUGCUGAUGUAAGGGAAACAUGUGAUGAUAGGAGACUUGUGUACUUGCAAAAUCAGUUAAUCAAGGAUAUAUUGAAGCAAGAAAAUCAAGUUUCUAAUAAGGAUGAAGGGAUUCGGCUCAUUUCAUCCAAGUUUAAUGGUAAGAAAGUCCUUAUUCUUCUCGAUGAUGUGAGCAAUGAUGAUCAAUUGAAGGCUUUGGCCAGAAAUCAUAAUUGGUUUUCUUCGGGAAGUGUGAUCAUCAUUACCACCCGAAACAAAAGUAUUCUUGACAAUGCUGGGGUGGACAACCAGUAUGAACUUGAGGAAUUGGAUAAGGAUAACUCUUUGAUUUUGUUUAGUAGACAUGCUUUUCGAAGGGACUCUCCUCCAAGUGAAUUUAAGGACCUCACUCAUGUUAUUGUUUUUACCACUGGAGGGCUUCCCUUAUCUCUCGAGGUCUUAGGGUCAUUUUUGUGUGGAAAAAGGAAAAAGUAUGGGGAGACACAAUAAAGAAGUUAAGAAAAUUUCCUCACGAGGAAGUGCAAAAGAAGUUAAGGAUAAGUUAUGAAGAAUUAACAAAUGAACAAAAACAAAUUUUUUUGGAUAUGCUUGUUUUUUCAUUGGCGUUGACCAAAGAAUCGCAUCCUACAUGUGGGAUGCAUGUGAGUUUUUCCCGGAGGAGGGAAUUGAAGUAUUGAGAUUUCUGUCUCUAAUAAAAGUUGGAGAUGAUCAUAAGCUCAUAAUGCAUGACCAAUUGAGAGAUCUUGGUAGGGAAAUCGUCCGCAAAGAAAACAAUUCGGAGCCUUGGAACCGUAGUAGGUUAUGGGACUCUGAGGUAGUGUUGGAAGUGCUAGAAGGAAAUAAGGGCACUAGUAAGAUUGAGGCCAUUCGUCUUGGCUUAUAUGAUGGGAGUGGAAGUUGCACGACCGAGACAUUUAAAGAAUUAACCAACUUGAGGUUUCUUCAAUUGGACGACGUGAAUCUCAUCGGAGAUUUUCAAAACUUGCUUCCUCGAUUAAGAUGGCUUGCGUGGGAUGGUUAUCACUUGCAUUUUGAAUUGACCAACUUUCACAUGAAGAAAUUAGUCGUGCUCAAUUUGUCAGGCAGAGUAAGAUUUCGAAUGAUUGGGCAGGAUUUGGUCCUCUAAAGGUAAGAUGUAAAGUAUGCAUAAUCAUGUGUUGUUAGCAGGCUCAAUUAUACCAAGUUCUUCUUUAUUUCUUUUGAAAA